CAACAAGAUAAAACAAGAUUGCGGAGUCUGAAAGGUUUGGGCUUUUGGUGAGGAAAAAGCUUUGAUCUUCAAUGGAGGCUCUGCAAUUUUCCUCCCAUUUCUCUGUGAACAGAAUCCCAUGUGCGCAGAGUCGGAGUGGAAGUUCGAGAAGCUCUGCCACAUUUCGUUCUGCAUUUACUGGUUUCAGCAAUUCAGCUCGGCUUUCCUCCAGAAACCCGUUCACGAGGAGGAUAUGGAGUUGGGUGAACUCGAGGACUGUUGGUCAUGGAAGAGACAAAAGGAGUGUAAUAAGGGCUGAGAUGUUCGGACAGCUAACCAGUGGACUUGAAGCUGCUUGGAGCAAACUCAAAGGGGAAGAGGUUUUGACAAAGGAGAACAUCGUUGAGCCAAUGAGGGAUAUCAGAAGAGCACUUCUGGAGGCAGAUGUGAGUCUCCCUGUUGUCAGAAGGUUCACUCAAGCUGUCAGUGACCAGGCUGUUGGAAUGGGUGUUAUUCGUGGAGUGAAACCAGAUCAACAGUUGGUCAAGAUUGUAUAUGAUGAGCUAGUGAAAUUGAUGGGUGGAGAAGUGGUCGAGCUGCAAUUUGCUAAAACGGGUCCGACAGUUAUAUUAUUGGCCGGGCUUCAAGGUGUCGGAAAGACGACUGUUUGUGCUAAACUCGCGUGUUAUCUAAAGAAGCAGGGAAAGUCUUCCAUGCUUAUCGCUGGAGAUGUGUACAGACCGGCUGCCAUCGAUCAACUAGUCAUUUUAGGUGAACAGGUCGGUGUGCCGGUUUAUGCAGCUGGCACUGAAGUUAAACCUGCAGAUAUAGCAAAGCAAGGUCUUCAAGAAGCUAAAAAGAAUAACAUAGAUGUAGUAAUCAUGGAUACAGCAGGAAGGCUUCAGAUAGACAAAGGCAUGAUGGAUGAGUUGAAAGACGUGAAGAAAGUUCUGAAUCCCACAGAAGUUUUGCUAGUUGUGGAUGCCAUGACUGGACAAGAAGCUGCCGCACUUGUGACAACAUUCAAUGUCGAGAUAGGAAUCACAGGUGCUAUUCUGACAAAGCUAGACGGUGAUUCAAGAGGUGGAGCUGCUUUGAGCGUUAAGGAGGUAUCUGGAAAACCGAUUAAACUCGUGGGCCGUGGAGAACGUAUGGAGGAUCUUGAACCAUUUUACCCAGACCGUAUGGCUGGACGUAUCUUAGGAAUGGGAGACGUCCUCUCAUUCGUAGAGAAGGCACAAGAAGUUAUGCGUCAAGAAGAUGCAGAGGAGCUACAGAAGAAGAUAAUGAGCGCGAAAUUCGACUUCAAUGAUUUUCUGAAGCAGACUCGGGCUGUUGCACGUAUGGGUUCGAUGACACGGGUCAUUGGAAUGAUUCCCGGAAUGGGGAAGGUCACUCCAUCACAAAUCCGAGAAGCGGAAAAGAGUGUGAAGAUCAUGGAAGUGAUGAUCGAAGCAAUGACCCCAGAGGAAAGGGAGAAACCAGAGUUACUAGCAGAAUCGCCAGUCAGGAGGAAAAGGGUUGCUCAAGAAUCUGGAAAGACAGAACAGCAGGUGAGCCAACUCGUAGCACAACUCUUCCAAAUGCGUGUGAAGAUGAAGAACUUGAUGGGCAUGAUGGAAGGCGGAUCAAUUCCUGCUCUAAGCAAUCUCGAGGAUGCAUUGAAAGCAGAACAAAAGGCUCCACCCGGAACUGCUCGGAGGAAAAGAAAGGCGGAAUCAAGGAGGCAAUUUGUGGAUUCAUCUUCAAGCAGACCAGGUCCUCGUGGGUUCGGGUCAGGGAACUAAACCAGAUUUAACUGUUCUACUCUGCUCUCUCCUCUGUUCUGUUUCCUUCUCAUGGCCUCUGCAACUGUUAAAAGAAACCAGACAUGAGCAUGAACAUGAACGAACAUUACAAGAAUGGUCUGGUUUUGUAUCUACUUGUCUUUUCUCAACUCAGUCAGAUAGAACUGUUGUGCUCUCAAGUCUUAACACCGCAAAGAGAAUGGUUACUUUGUUGGCA